AUGCCUAAAUCAGGAAGUACCAACAAGGCCGAGAACCCUAGGGCCGAAGCUCGAGAAACAAGACCGGAGUCUCCGCUCACUACCAGUGACCAGCGGAAGAUCGACAUCGCUCAUCGCAACGCUACAUCCUCAUCUCUGCUUCGACUUCCUCCCGAGAUCCGAAAUAUAAUCUAUACCUUUGUUCUUACCGAAGAAGAAAAAAUCUACCUGUUUUAUGUUCCUGACGGUUGGAGUUAUCGAAGCUACUUCGAGAUCAGCUUACUUCAAGUCUGCCGUCAAGUCCAUACAGAGACAUGCCUCUUGCCGUACAAGCUCAACACAUUCGAGUGCUGUUCACACGUGCUCCGUUGCGAAGCCGUAUGUGAACUGAAGACAUUUCUUGCGAUGCGGAGUGAAGCUCAGAUUGCUGUUCUGUCAAGGAUUCGGAUUGAUGGCAGCCGACUGCGCACAGCAGCUGUCUGGCAAGAAAAGCUUCGUGGUUGUGGGCACUUGUCCCUGGAUGAGCCAAAUAGUUGUGUUGUCAAAUGGCGUGUGCCAGAGCCAAGUUGGUUUCAUGAGGAUGAUGAUAUCCCGCUAAACCUCACUUGCAUACAUGGCGACGCGCGAGAGAAUUGGAGGGCACGAUGGUAG